AUGUCAGCUCCAACAACCGAGGCUUCAAUCCCAUCUGGGCCUCGGCCCCCGCGUGCUCCUAGGUCUAGGCGCAGAGGGCGGGGUUCUGGAAACCGUGAAGGUCAACAACGACCUGCUCCUGGGGGUGAAGGUCAAGCGACAACACAGACGCAACCGCCGCCUCCUUCUUCGCAACCGGCUCCAGCAUCGCAACAGCCCAAUCAUCAAAAUGAUACGUCUCGCCCGCGGAGAGGAAAUAGGGAAGGGAGAGGACGGAGAAACCGGGGUAAUGCGCUCCCACGGGGACAGAGUCAAAAGGCCGCGCAGGAAAGUCAAGAGACACGACCGCCUGUAAGAAGUCGCGGCAUGAGAGCGCGCGGCUUUGAGGCUCAAUUGACACAACCUGGUCCAGCCUCAGACGACGGUGCGGGGCAUUUGCAUGACCAUUCUCUUAGGGCUGAUGUGCCGGAUUUCGUACCGGGUAUGCCAUCAUCUUCAGCAGGAAAACAAUCAGGACAGUCGAAUAAGGGAAAGGGGAAAGCUAGAGCGCCGGCCCCACCGAAGGUCACCACAAAGUCAACGGCCGACGAUCUCGCCACACGAAUCCACGAAGAUAUUUCUCACAACCUAAAUGGUCUAAAAACGAAGGUGCAGCUGCCCAAAGGGCUUCUGGUCCAGAAGACGGACAAGAAAGCUCUACUCCUCGUGCUUGGCGUUGUCCUGGUUGCAAUCUUUCACAUCAGAACUUUCCUUCCAAUUACACCUGUUGGUGUGAAAAAGAAGUUGAUCCUAGGCCGCUUCCUGGUCUGCCUCCACACUCUUGUGGUCAGACAUGUUCUCGACCUCGCAAGGGCUGUCCUCAUCCUUGCGAUUCAACUUGUCAUGCUGGUCCUUGUCUGCCCUGCACUGCCAUGGGCCCGACACAGCACUGUUUCUGUGGUCUGA